AAGCUGACGUCAUGGACCUUCUCUCCACUCACCGAGAAACAAAGUAGCCGAGAGUAAAGCUGUGAGAAUGGAGCGCAUGAAUCGGCAGGAAUAACCAAAGCUACCGAAACAAUUUUUAAACUUUGAAAACUCAAUAAACAAGCAUGGAUACGACCGCUCUCAAUCUGUUACUGCUAUGUUUACAUAUUCUCAGAGCCGGAUCCCAAUUCACAGCUGGUGGGUGUACGUUUGACGAUGGCCCGGCGCAGUGCGACUACCAGCAGGACCCGUAUGACGACUUCGACUGGACGCACGUCAGCGCACAGGAAGUGCCGUACUUGUCAUCUGAACUGCCUCAGGGGUCCUAUAUGAUGGUGGAUUCCUCUCAGCACGAUGCCGGGGAAAAGGCACGCAUUCAACUGCCUGUAAUGAAAGAAAAUGACACGCACUGCAUUGACUUCAGCUACCUGUUGUAUACCCAAGAUGGCUCCAGCCCUGGCACGCUCAACGUUUUAGUGAAGGUCAACAAAGGUCCACUGGCCAAUCCCAUCUGGAAUGUGACCAGCUACACGGGGAAGGAGUGGCUUCGGGCGGAGCUGGCUGUCAGCACCUUCUGGCCCAAUGAGUACCAGGUCAUAUUCGAAGCAGAGGUCUCCGGUGGGAAGACUGGUUUCAUUGCGAUUGAUGACAUCCAGGUCUUGAGUUAUCCGUGUGAUAAAUCGCCUCACUUCCUGCGGCUGGGCGACGUGGAAGUCAACGCCGGGCAGAACGCCACCUUCCAGUGCAUCGCCACGGGCCGGGAGGCGGUGAAUAACAAGCUGUGGCUGCAGAAACGCAACGGGGAGGAUAUACCAGUGGCUCAGACUAAGAACAUCAACCACAGGAGGUUUGCUGCCACAUUCAAGCUGAAGGAAGUGACCAACCUGGACCAGGACCUGUAUCGUUGCGUGACCCAAUCAGAUAGAGGCUCAGGAGUUUCCAACUUUGCCGGGCUCAUAGUCAGAGAACCCCCUCGCCCCAUCGCCCCUCCCCAGCUACUCGGAGUCGGCCCAACGUACCUUUUGAUCCAGCUCAACGCAAACUCGAUAUUUGGAGACGGGCCCAUCAUCCUAAAGGAAGUGGAGUAUCGCAUGACCUCAGGGACGUGGACCGAAACCCAUGCCGUCAACUCCCCAAACUACAAGCUGUGGCACCUGGACCCGGACACGGAAUACGAGAUCCGAGUUCUGCUCACCAGGCCCGGGGAAGGCGGCACGGGACAGCCGGGACCCCCUCUCUUCACCAGAACCAAAUGUGCUGAACCAAUGAGGACUCCCAAGAGCCUGAAGAUCGCCGAGACCCAAGCCAGGUUAAUUGCCGUCGACUGGGAGUCUCUCGGCUACAACAUCACCCGCUGCCACACCUUCAACGUCACCAUCUGCUACCAUUACUUCGGCGCCAACAACGAGACCAAGGCCGACUGCCUGGACAUGGACCCCAAAGCUCCGCGGCACGUGGUGGGGAACCUGCCCCCCAACACCAAUGUCAGCCUGAAGAUGAUCCUCACCAACCCGGAGGGCCGCAAGGAGAGCGACGAGACCAUCAUACAGACGGAUGAGGACGUGCCUGGCCCGGUUCCCAGCCAGUCCAUGAAAGCCACACCAUUUGAGGAUCGCAUCUUCCUUUACUGGAAGGAACCACAGGAGCCCAACGGGGUCAUCACUCAAUAUGAGAUCAGCUACAGCAGCGUCCGCUCCUUCGACCCCUCGGUGCCUCUGCUCCGCCCCCCUCUGGUCGUGUCCCUGCCCUGGAACAGCUCCCACCACGUCUUCUCCCAGCUGCACCCGGGCACCACCUACCAGUUCGUCAUCCGCGCCAGCACCGUCAAGGGCUUCGGGCCGCCCACCACCCUCAACGUCACCACCAACAUUUCCGCCCCAACGUUAGAGGAGUACGACGGCUCCGAGGCGUUCUUGAACGAGACCACCACCACCAUUACGGUUCUGCUCAAGCCCGCCCAGGCCAAAGGCGCUCCAAUCAGCGCUUACCAAAUAGUGGUGGAGGAGCUGAACCCCCACCGCUCCCGCAGGGAGGCUAGCUCCGGCGACUGCUACCAGGUCCCCGUCUCCUACCAGAGCGCCUCCAGCGGGGGCUCGCCGUACUACUACGCCGCCGAGCUCCCGCCCGCCAGCCUGCCCGAGCCCUCCCCGUUCACGGUGGGGGACAACAAGACCUACCACGGCUUCUGGAACCCUCCGCUCGCUCCCAGGAAGAACUACAACAUCUACUUCCAGGCCGUGAGCAGCGUCGAAAAGGAAACAAAAACCCAAUGUCUGAGGCUCGCCACGAAAGGGGCGACGGAGGAACCGGAGGUGAUCCCCGACCCGGCCAAGCAGACGGACCGCGUGGUGAAGAUCGCCGGAAUCAGCGCCGGGGUGCUGGUCUUCAUCCUGCUGGUCCUGGUGGCGAUCCUGCUGGUGAAAAAGAGGAGGAGCUACUAUUCCUACUCGUAUUACCUGAAACUUGCCAAGAAGCGCAAGGACGCCAUCGGGAAUACGCGGCAAGAGAUGACCCACAUGGUCAACGCCAUGGACCGGAGUUACGCCGACCAGAGCACUCUCCAUGCCGAGGAUCCCAUGUCCGUCACCUUCAUGGACUCGCACAACUUCAGCAACAGAUUGCCUAAUGAUCCGCUCGUUCCGACCGCUGUGCUAGUGCCAAUAACGGACGAGAAUCAUACUGCGGCAGCCGAAUCGAGCCGUCUGCUGGACGUCCCGCGGUACCACUGCGAGGGGACGGAGUCGCCCUACCAGACGGGCCAGCUGCACCCUGCCAUUCGGGUGGCAGACCUGCUACAGCACAUCAACCUGAUGAAGACCUCAGACAGCUACGGCUUCAAGGAGGAGUACGAGAGUUUCUUUGAAGGCCAAUCAGCUUCCUGGGAUGUGGCAAAAAAAGAGCAGAACAGGACCAAGAAUCGCUAUGGAAACAUUAUUGCGUACGACCACUCCAGAGUGAUCCUUCAGCCGAUGGAGGAUGACCCCUCCUCUGACUACAUCAACGCCAACUACAUUGACAUAUGGCUGUACAGGGAUGGAUAUCAACGGCCAAGCCAUUAUAUUGCUACACAAGGCCCGGUCCAUGAGACUGUGUACGACUUCUGGAGGAUGGUUUGGCAGGAGCAGUCGGCCUGUAUUGUCAUGGUGACCAACCUGGUUGAAGUGGGACGGGUGAAAUGCUACAAGUACUGGCCAGAUGACGCUGAGGUGUAUGGGGAUUUCAAAGUGACAUUUGUUGAAGUAGAACCACUUGCAGAAUAUGUUGUCAGGACUUUUACAUUAGAGAGGAGAGGGUUUAACGAGCUACGGGAAGUGAAGCAGUUCCACUUCACCGGCUGGCCUGACCAUGGCGUGCCGUACCACGCCACCGGCCUCCUGUCGUUCAUCCGCCGGGUCAAGAUGUCCAACCCGCCCAGCGCCGGGCCCAUCGUAGUCCACUGCAGCGCUGGAGCCGGACGCACGGGCUGCUACAUCGUGAUCGACAUCAUGCUGGACAUGGCGGAGCGGGAGGGGGUGGUGGACAUCUACAACUGCGUGAAGGCCCUACGCUCGCGACGCAUCAACAUGGUCCAGACCGAGGAGCAAUACAUCUUCAUCCAUGACGCCAUCUUGGAGGCCUGCCUGUGUGGAGAAACCGUCAUUCCGGCCUGCGAGUUCAAAGCCGCCUACUACGACAUGAUCAGAAUAGACUCCCAGAGUAACUCCUCACACCUCAAGGAUGAGUUCCAAACCCUGAACUCGGUGACGCCCCAGCCUCAGCCAGAGGACUGCAGCAUCGCCCUGCUGCCCAGGAACCACGAGAAGAACCGCUUCAUGGACAUGCUCCCCCCUGACCGCUGCCUGCCCUUCCUCAUCACCAUCGACGGGGAGAGCAGCAACUACAUCAAUGCUGCCCUUCUGGAUAGCUACAGACAGCCAGCAGCCUUCAUUGUAACUCAGCACCCUUUGCCCAACACGGUGAAGGACUUCUGGAGGCUGGUGUAUGACUAUGGCUGCACAUCCCUUGUCAUGCUCAAUGAGAUUGACCUGGCACAGGGCUGUCCUCAGUAUUGGCCUGAAGAAGGAAUGCUUCGUUACGGUCCUGUCCAAGUUGAAUGUAUGUCUUGCUCUAUGGAUUGUGAUGUCAUCAGUCGUCUCUUCAGGAUAUGUAACCUAACGAGGCCCCAGGAGGGGUACCUGAUGGUGAGGCAGUUCCAGUAUCUGGGCUGGGCAGCCCACAGGGAGGUUCCAGCAUCCAAGCGCUCCUUCCUGAAGCUCAUCCUGCAGGUGGACAAGUGGCAGGAGGAGUGUGAGGAGGGAGAGGGACGCACUAUCAUCCAUUGCUUGAACGGAGGAGGACGCAGUGGGAUGUUCUGUGCCAUCAGCAUCGUGUGUGAAAUGAUCAAGCGUCAGAAUGUGGUGGACGUUUUCCAUGCGGUGAAGAGCCUGAGGAACAGUAAGCCCAACAUGGUGGAGAGCCCAGAACAGUACCGUUUCUGUUACGAUCUCGCUUUGGAGUACAUCGAGACGACUUAACUUGGGUGUUUUGGGUGUGUGUGUAUUUGGGCGGGUGGGGGUGGGGGUGGGGGGGGGGACAUUCCGGAACCUGGCACCAUUCCACUUCAGCUUUGGCUCAGUUGUCGAGACUGCCAUUCGAAUCAAUUAUUUUUUGAACACUCUUGUUUUCCUAAUGUCCUGGUAUGAUGUGAGUGCUCUGUAAAUGUCUCCAUUGUAUAUCGCCAUGCUCAGUGCCACAGGAUCAAGUGCUGGCCCCAGGCCACAUUUGCUUUAACGUACUUUAACAUUUUGUUUCAAUGUGCAGCCAUUGUAAAGGGUAACGCUAACGCCAAGUUGUUGCAUGCUAAAAAAUGUUUUGUUUAUGAGCAUUGUCAUUGAACAAUAUUUAUAUAUUCACAUAUACAUACGAGUAAAUUGCAAAUGUGAAAGAAAAAAAUGAUGCAUUCUUUAUAUAUGAAUAUAAGUGCUGCCUUGUGACAUUGGCUUAGUAAUGUUUGUAUUGUGCACUGAUGGCUGGCAUAUUUUUUUAUUUUUGUUUUGUAGUAAAUCUAAAUCAUAAGCCAAAGACCUUUGUGUAAAUAUGUCUAUAUGGAUAAAGCACAUUGUUUGUAUUUAUUGUUUACUUGCAUUCCUUUUUGAAGGCUUAAGAAACAAUCAUUUUAAUUUCCGGUUUACUCUCUGAGUUUAAUAUGUAAACAUUUUAUGUAGUUUUUUUAAGUAUUAGUAAUAUUUCAGUAGCAUAUUCUUUUAAUGUUUUCACUUUUACAUGUUGUUUUAGUGGUUUGUGUAAAUGCUUGUCAGUUUUCUCAAUGCCGAUAGGAUUUAAUAAGGUCAAGAGGCAACCGCAAAUUUUUUUUUUUUUUUUCCAGAUCAAGGUAACAUUUUCACAUUUGUGUUGGUAUUUUGAAAAAAAAGGAAGAGAAUGGAAAUAUAAUAUCAACAGUAUUAGUUACAGCUCAUUAGGGUUUCAGUCAGUUCUGGAACACCAAUGUGCAGCCAACCCAACUUAGCCGAUGAGGGACAUGAAUUAUUUUUGCUGAGAACAUUUAAUUAUAUGUGGAGUUUAGUCCUGUUCAUUUUUUCUGUCUGUAAUUGUUGGCUUUUUGGCUGUAAAAAAAAAAGAAAAAAAAUUUUGAAUAAAAAAAAUGGAAACCCA